AUUUAAAAAGGGAAAAGAAAAGGUUGGUGGCGAGCAGCGGGAGGGGGCAAACAGUUGGGCAGUGUCAUAAAAGGGUGGUCUAUCGGAUCGGAUGGGUGGAGUCCCUGGAGGGGAAUUCGGAGGCUGCGAGUGGUGACUGGCGACCGCAGCUGUUUAUUAAGCAGCAGAACCACCGGGACCGACGACGAAGAGUCCCUGCUGGUGCUGGUGCUGGUGCUGGUGCUGCAGAAUCAAGUGGGAGGGCAAGGAUAACGAAGUCGCUGCGCAACAAUGGCUGCUGGAGUGAUUCCAGCUUCCCUGCCCAGCCUGAAGGCUCACGAUUGCAGCUUGAGCUUUGCAAAGAGCGUCGAUUUUGCAAAGGUUCUUUGUGCUCCUCGACCGCAGAGGAUCAAGUCUCCUAUGAUUAGAUCACCUCUGAUUAGAAAUUCUACUAAUCCUGGCUCUGAUACUGCUGAACUCGAACCGGCAUCGAAAGGCAGUCCUCUCUUAGUUCCUAGGCAGAAGUACUGCGAAUCAGUACAUAGAACUAUCAGAAGAAAAACUCGUACAGUGAUGGUUGGAAAUGUGGCGCUUGGCAGUGACCAUCCAAUAAGAAUCCAGACGAUGACUACUUCUGACACAAAGGAUGUAGCUAAAACUGUUGAAGAGGUUAUGAGAAUAGCAGAUAAAGGUGCUGAUUUAGUUCGAAUAACUGUCCAGGGAAGGAAAGAAGCCGAUGCUUGCUUCGAGAUUAAGAACAGCCUUGUUCAGAAAAACUAUAACAUUCCUCUGGUGGCCGACAUACAUUUUGCUCCUUCAGUUGCACUAAGAGUGGCUGAAUGCUUUGACAAGAUUCGUGUGAACCCAGGAAAUUUCGCUGAUAGGCGGGCCCAAUUUGAGAAACUAGAGUACAGUGAAGAAGAUUAUCAAAAGGAGCUUGAGCAUAUUGAAAAGGUUUUCUCUCCCUUAGUCGAGAAGUGUAAGAAAUAUGGGCGAGCCAUGCGUAUUGGAAUAAAUCAUGGAAGCCUUUCAGACCGUAUCAUGAGUUAUUAUGGUGAUUCUCCAAGAGGAAUGGUUGAGUCUGCAUUUGAAUUUGCAAGAAUUUGCCGGAACUUGGACUUCCAUAAUUUUGUAUUCUCAAUGAAAGCAAGCAACCCAGUUGUCAUGGUACAAGCAUAUCGAUUGCUUGUUGCUGAAAUGUAUGUUCAAGGAUGGGAUUAUCCUCUGCACCUAGGGGUUACAGAAGCUGGGGAAGGUGAAGAUGGCCGAAUGAAAUCUGCAAUUGGCAUUGGAACUCUUCUUCAGGAUGGGUUGGGUGAUACAAUACGAGUGUCCCUCACAGAGCCACCAGAGGAGGAGAUAGAUCCUUGCAGGAGAUUGGCUAACCUUGGAAUGCAAGCCACAAGUCUUCAAAAAGGGGUGGCCCCUUUCGAAGAAAAACAUAGGCACUAUUUUGAUUUCCAGCGGAGAAGUGGUCAAUUACCAGUGCAAAAGGAGGGCGAAGAGGUAGACUACCGUGGAGUCUUGCAUCGAGAUGGCUCUGUUCUGAUGUCAGUUUCUCUGAAUAAGUUGGAAACACCGGAACUUCUUUAUAGGUCUCUUGCGGCAAAACUUGUGGUUGGCAUGCCUUUCAAGGACCUGGCAACAGUCGACUCAAUUCUUCUGAGAGAGCUUCCACCAGUUGAAGAUGUUGAUUCUAGGUUAGCUCUCAAAAGAUUGGUCGACAUAAGUAUGGGUAUUUUGACUCCUUUGUCAGAACAAUUGACAAAGCCACUUCCUUAUGCCAUUGUCCUUGUAAAUCUCAAGGAACUGUCCACUGGUGCAUACAAACUUUUGCCAGAAGGCACCAGACUAGCUGUAACUAUUCGUGGAGAUGAACCUUAUGAGGAGCUAGAAAUCCUCAAAACUGUGGAUGGUAUAACCAUGUUGUUACAUAGCCUUCCAUAUAGUGAAGAAAAAAUCAGCAGAGUUCACGCAGCAAGAAGGCUUUUCGAGUAUUUAGAAGAGAAUGGUUUAAAAUUUCCAGUAAUCCACCAUAUAGAGUUUCCUGAAGGGAUGCACAGAGACGAUCUAGUCAUCUUCGCUGGUAGCAACGCUGGUGGUCUUUUAGUUGACGGACUUGGGGAUGGUGUACUGCUUGAAGUUCCUGAUCAGGAUUUUGAUUUCUUGAGAAACACGUCUUUUAACUUGCUUCAGGGUUGCAGGAUGCGCAACACAAAAACUGAAUAUGUUUCAUGCCCUUCUUGUGGCCGCACUCUCUUUGAUCUUCAAGAAAUAAGUGCACAGAUUAGAGAGAAGACUUCUCAUCUGCCUGGUGUUUCGAUUGCGAUCAUGGGUUGCAUAGUGAAUGGGCCAGGAGAGAUGGCCGAUGCAGAUUUUGGAUAUGUUGGCGGUGCUCCUGGAAAGAUCGACCUUUACGUUGGCAAGACGGUGUUGAAGCGAGGGAUAGCAAUGGAGCAUGCAACUGAGGCUUUAAUUCAACUUAUAAAGGACCAUGGACGUUGGGUAGAUCCGCCCACCCAAGAGUGAUGCCGCAAGCUUUGAAGGCCUUUCAGGAAAAGACAAGAUUCAUACAAAUAUAUAUAUGUAAUUUAAUUAAUUUCCCAAUUGCUGAAAACAAUAUUUUGAAGCCGUUGCCUGUGCAUGUAAAUGGUGCGGAAAACUGAGUUAGUUAUAGUAGAGGAAUAAUACAUACAUGCUGUCCCAAUUAGAGGAUAGCAUCCGCUCUUGAAGUUGUUAUUAUUCUACCUAACUGGUGUUAUUGCCUAGCCGUCUGGUCCCGAGGUUGUUAAAAUGUUUUUAUUCUCCUUGCCUGGAAGAAGGCGCAGGAA